GUUUUCUUUUAUUUCCAUUUCAUUUGAGUGCAGUCGACGGCGAAUCUCUUCACGUGGGUUUUGGGAUUUGAUGAAGCGAAACCAAGCGUAAAUAAUUGUCAUCCUCAGAAAAUUAUUCCCAUUUCUAUUUUUAACGACAGAUUAAAAGCUUUAUCGAUUUAUGUGCAAGCUAUAUCUAGCUUUAGUUUUGUGAUAGCUAAUAAGCUACUGUGAGUGCGUUACCCCGAGGAAUGCACGUGGCCGGCAAGCGGUUAUGUCAUUUAUUUAUUCCGUUUCCAGCACGAACUCAGCUGCGUAGUAAGAGUUCAUUUAAUCGUUUCGAUGAAUCACCUCGACGACACCAUUUUGACCGUUUACUGGUCCUCGAUUUUGAGGCCACCUGCGAUAGCAAACGUGGCACAAUCCGACCUCAGGAGAUUAUUGAGUUUCCUGUCCUCAAUGUGGAGACAAACAGUUUUGAGAUAGUGGGCACUUUUCAUCGCUAUGUCAAACCAGAGAUCCACCCUACCUUGACACCUUUCUGCACCAGCCUCACAGGGAUUAUCCAGGAUAUGGUUGAAGAUGAAGCCCCUUUGAAAACAGUGAUGGAAGAUUUUCACAAAUGGCUCCUAUCUCAGGAUCUGUUUAACAAAGAAUUCGCUUUCGUGACUUGCGGCGAUUGGGACUUGAAAGAGCUCCUCCCACGUCAAUUCCUUCAUACCGGACAGGUCAUACCUGCUUAUUUCAAGUCAUGGAUCAAUAUUAAAAUGAUUUUUGCUGAAUCGACUGGUGUUUACCCUCGUAAUCUAUCGCACAUGUUGUCCCAUGCCAAUCUGGUCCAGUCGGGCCGAUUACACAGUGGUAUUGAUGAUUGCCGUAAUAUCGCUGCGGUUGUUCGUUUCCUCGGCUUACAACAGAAUUCCCAGUGGCGGCUGACAAGUUUUUUGGAAGAUUAAACAAUAACAAUGAAACCCUGAUACUAAAAAAAGGUUUUCACUGAACCGUAUCAGUUUUUGUUAUUCUCACUUCAUUAUAGUCGGCCAAGUUUCAUAAAAAGAAGCGACAAUUUCA